AUGGUCACACUGAUGGUGACUGUAGGACAUCAUCCCUGCUGCCGUAUCGUCCCCGUUAACUUCGUCGUGGUCAAAACUGACUCUCCUUAUAAUUUAUUGAUGGGCCGACCUACGCUUAACGGUUUACGUGCAGUAUACUCCACGUAUCAUUUAAUCUUCAAAUUUUCAACUCCGGCAGGCGUGACCGAGGUGAGCAGUGACGUAGGUGCUGCGCGAGAAUGUUACCUCGCCACCUUGGAAGCCGUCUCUAUCUCAACCUCCGGAACGAGGCCAGAGAGAAGGUCCAGUAUCCUCUCAAUCGAUUGUAUCGAUUCUCAACAGACCGGGAAGCCGAAAAAGCUAAAGACCGGAGAUGAGGUAGAGGAUAUCCCCUUGGACCUCUCCAGGCCCGAUCAGACCAUCCGCGUCGGCGUCCAUUUGCCUGACUCGUUUAAGAUACAGAUGGUUGAUCUCCUCAAGGAGCACCGGGAUGUUUUUUCUUGGGCUGCCUAUGAGGUCCAAGGUGUGCCUCAUCACCUCAUAAUACACGAGCUGAAUGUUGAUUCUCAGGCACGCUCGGUCAAACAAAAGAGAAGGCACUUCCGCCCAAAGCGUAGUCAAGCAGUAGGCGAGGAGGUGGACAAACUCCUGCCUGCGAUGAUGAUCAGAGAAGUGCAGUACCCGACCUGGUUAUCCAACCCGGUCAUGGUCAAGAAGGACACGGGGGCCUGGAGAAUGUGCGUCGAUUUUAUCGACCUGAAUAAGGCCUGUCCUAAGGACUGCUACCCAUUGCCUAAAGUCGACGCCCUGAUGGACUCGGCCAUGGGUUACAAAUUUUCUGUUUUCUCGAUGCCUUUAAGGGGUAUCACUAGAUCGGGAUGA